AUGUAUUCUAAAACAAAUAUUUUCUGUAUAAUAUUGAUUGGAUUUAUAAUAUUAUUUAAUACUGAUAGUUCUCCAUUAUACUACGAGUCAUAUCAUGAUCAUCAUCAUUAUGAAAGAGAUCCAUGGGCGCAUUCACAUUCACCCUACAGAAGAGCUCAAUGUUUUUCUGGCGAUUCAUUAAUUAAAUUAUCAAAUGGUAAAUAUAAAGAAGUUGGCAAUCUUCAAUCCGGUGAUGAAAUAAUAACUAUUGAUCAAUCAAAAAUAAUUUCGACAGAAAUGAUAAUGAUGCUAGAUAAACAAAUUUCAAAAGAAGCAUUAUUUUAUACGUUAAGAACAGAUUCUGGUAAUGAAAUAAGCUUAACAGAAUAUCAUUUAAUUCCAAUAACAAAUUCAAAUGGAAAUGAAAAUUAUUUAUUUGCAAAACAAAUUAAAAUAGGAGAUUAUUUAUUUGUUCUAUUUAAUGGAAAAUUCAAAUAUUCUCCAGUAAUAAAUAUAACAAUUGAAAUGAAAAAAGGCUAUUAUGCUCCAUUAACAAUGAAAGGUACUUUAUUAAUAAACAAUAUUUUAGCAAGCUGUUUUGCAAAUGUUAACAAUCACCAUUUAGCACAAAAUUAUAUGACACCUUUUCGUUAUUAUUAUAAAUUUGCUCGAUUUAUUUCUUUAUAUGAUCCAUUUAAUAUUAAUAAAACGGAAGGUUUAUAUUGGACAGCUAAUAUUAUGCUUUACUUCGCACGUUAUUUUAGAUCAGAUGCAUUAUGUUUAUGA